GUAAGAUUCAUGUGCUUUCUACUUCACCAGAAGUCUUCGACAGAAUGCCCAUAAUUUCUGCAAAACUGAGUGCGUGUGACAGGUGCUAACAAGGCUAGAAAAGUAGGUGCCUCUUCGAUUUCUGAGUGUGCGAUUAUACCUUUACCAAAAACAGAAAUUAAAAAUAAUAAUGAAAAAGGGAAAAACAAACCCUUAUAUUCACAAGGCCAGGCUCCCCACCGGAAUCUCCUCUCUCUUUCGCACACAGCCAUGAGCCAGAGCGGUAACGAGUCCGAGCGCCAGAGCAAGAAACAAAAACUCUUGAGUCCAGAUCUAGAAUCGCUCCAGGGCCCGAUCCCGGACUUACCACCGAACGCAGACGAGCUGCGCAAGCGGGGGAAGCUCAUAUGGCACUGGGACGAUAGCGAUGAUGAUGAAUUCGAGGACUUCCCCCCGGGAAAGGUUUAUUUUGCUAUCGAGGAAAACUAUAAUGCUCGAAUGACUGCGAAAAAAGAAUUGAGUGAGAUAAGGGCACGAAGAUCAUCCCUCAAAGAAAGGAAGAACACCACGGAAGCACAGACAGAUGACAAACCAAAAACGGGUCGAUGGUUUUGUCUCCAACCACAUAUCCCGCCUCCCAUCUACUGUAGAAUUUGUAAGAAGAGCGAUGACCACAUGACUAAGCAAUGCCCGCGUUUUGACUCUUCAACUGUUGUUCAUGACGUGAGAUGUCGACUCUGUUUGAGGGAGGAUCAUGUGGUUCCAAUUUGUCCGUACCGGUACUAUGUCCCAAAGGGUGAAAAAGUUGGCCCCGGCGGUAAACUCGUUUGCAUAUGUUGUCAAAAAGAGGGUGGCCAUCCUGGUGAGGAAUGGGUAGGAAAAGCUGUUGGUAAUUAUUGCAGGAUUUGUUCUUCUACUUAUGACCACAGGACUGAAGACUGCCCCGUGAAAAAGGGAAGAGAGAUAGUAGGAGAGGCUUUGGCUGAGAUAAACUCACCAUGAUCCUCCCUCUCUUCCCGCUCCAUCGGAAGGAAAAUGGGGUUUUGAGGUGGUAGUUCUAGUGCUGGUGGUGGUAUCAGUUCAUUACAGUGAGCCAAGUUACUUGAGGUCUCUCUCUGUCCUUUCCCUCUCUUGUUUACUGUAUUGUGUAGAAUUGCAUGAAUGUGUGGUGGUUUGCAUAAAAAUCCCAAUUUUUACCAAUUCUCUAACAUUUUCCCCCAAUUUUUCUGUGUUUAAUUGGUUUUUUUUGGGAUCUGUUGCAGCUGGGUUUUUUGGGUUUCUUUGGAUAGUAGGCAACUACUGGGAAAAUUGGGGGAAAUUGGGUUUCCUUUUUGUUUCUCUUUCGAUCAACCAAGUCGGCAUGUGUGAACGCAACGUAUAUAUGCUAACGAUACAUCCUGUUAUUCUGUUAUGUUGGGUCGUAACCUAACAAUAAUGCAACACAUAGAGCAUAGUUACUCAAAGACUGUUAUCAUAUAAAAAUUUCACAUACUUUUGACCGUUAAAGUCGCUUCAGUGCCAAAUCCAAUUGCAUAAAAAAUUUCACAUACUUGUAUAACAAUGUUCGCCUUACAUUCGUUUGUUUAUUGAAUUUGAGACAUAAAAUUCAAAUUUGAUGUGAAUUAAGCGCUUUUAGCAAGAAAGGCUAGAAACUCUCUGUAAAAUGAUAAUGAGAUUUAACGUUUCAGGAUUACUCUUGUAUUAUAUCUGUUACUUUUGGGAUUAUCGGUUACUUUUGGGAAGUGAUUUGCAGGAAAAAGUAGUAAAUGCCUUGCUGCUUCCCUAACAUGGCUCACAUGCCAUUAUCGGUUACUUUUGGGAAGUGAUGUUGUCUUAUUUUUCAAAAGAAAAGACGCACUGGUUUUAAUUCCCAAGUUGUGAGAUUGUUUUAGACCUCUAUUUUUUUACCUAAUUUAUCAUAACUCGCAUAAUAAUAAAACACCUCACUAAAAUUUUUCAUAAAGAAUUGAACUCGAGUUAGACACUGCAUUCCAGUUUUUGUUUAACAGUUUGGUGCAUUGCAUCAUUUUUUUAAUACAAUGAUAUAUUUACACUAAAGUGGUGAGGGACAAAUUCGUUGCAAACUCGUCAUUUUCAAGAUUUUAAGUAGUAUUGAUCUAUUUCUAAAGAUAAAAAAUUUGAAAAAUGGGUUGCUAAUUGUAAUGUAUUGGCAUCAAUGUGUAAUUUGUUUGUAACAUUUAUAUUACCUUUAGAAAGUUGAACUUGUUGAAGGAAAUUUAAAAAGUGAGGCCAACGAGGGUUGGUUGAGUUUGUAAGAUUGUUUUCUUUGCUAUACUAAGGCCUAGUUUGAAACUAGUUGCAGACAAUACUUUUUGACGGGGCAUAACUAACCGCAUCAGAUCUUCUCAAAGAAAAAGGUGAAAAAUGCAAAGUCGAUGCUUGAAGUAAUUAAGCGGUGAUUAAUGCUCACAUCAAGAGGUCUACAAGCAUAGUCGAAGAAACGUGAGGGCGAGAAGUGGCGGCCGUCCCUCCCUUCGCCGGAAAACAUGCCCUAGGACGGCUUCAAUUGAAGCUUGCACAGGUGGUGUGUCGCGGUAGUCCUUGGCUAAGAAGGAGCUCCUUCCUGCAACUUCCAUGUUAGGGCAUUCGGCAUACGUCAUCGAGAAUGGAGACCAAAAGCCGUACGUUGACAAGUGUGGUGCUUCUGCUACCGUUCAACUACUUGAAGCUACGUUUGCUUCAACUCAUUCAAACAGUCGGAGACCUGAAGAUCAAGAGAAGAAGCCGAAGCAUAGUGCUUGAUAAUGCAGAGGAGAAGCAAAUUGAGAAAACCUAGGUGUAGAACUUCCUCUCUAGUUACAAGUUUCCUAGUGGUACAGAGCCGGCAAUGUGGAGGACCACAAAUGUCUAUGGCCGAGAAGGGAUGGCGAAGUCGUCGACGAGUAAGGCGUUGAGCUGAAGAGGGAUCAUUUAUCUUGUAUGGACAGUUCGAAGUCAAAACAUGUGGAAAUUGAAUGGUGUGCCAUAUAAGGCGGUUGUGAUGCUAAAAGAAUUUAAAUUGAAGUUUCCAUGGAGAAUCGCCGGUGAAUUGUCCGUGGGGUUUGAGGUGGAAGAGAACCACCGGCGGAUUCGCAAAUAUAUACGAACCCAAAAACGGGAGCAUGGUUUUUACUCGAGCCGCGUGGAGAGAUUCCAAAGUUUUGCGUAAUCUGUAAGAAGAUUAAUGAUCACAUGACCAAGCACUGCCCACAAAUUGACUCUUCGACUCAAGUUCCUGACCUGAGUUGUAGACCAUGCGGGAAGGAGUCAUGCGAAUCCAACUUGCACGUAUCAGUACUAUGUCCCGAAGGGUGAACAAGUUGGGCGUGGCGCUACUCUAAUUUGUACAUGCUGUAAAAAAGAGGGUUGCCAUCCUGGUACGAACGAUUGGGUUGGUAUUGCUGUUCCGAAUUAUUGUAAGAUUUGUGGGAAGCGUUAUGAGCACAGGACUGAAGACUGCCCCCGGAAGCAAGGAAUGGAGAUGGUUGGUGACCAAGCGGCCUUUGUUGGCGUAUGCAUAAAAUAUACCUAAUUGAAUAGAACUGAGUUCUUGCUCGGCGAGAUUAUAUGUUUCCUAUGUUGGGUAUGUAAAUGUAAAACCGAGACCGACUGCGAUGUUCUUAUGUAGUUUGGUUGUGACUCGUGAGGAUAUGUUUUGAAAGCAAUAUAAUCAUAUUACCUUAA